CAGGGAGCGCAGCGGCAGGCACCUCCUGGCCCGGGACGUUGGUGGCUUGUCUGGUCCCCCGGCCUCCAGAGACCCGGGCGGAAGACGUCUGGGACCCCGCCCGGUCCCUCCCGCGGGCAGGCGGGGCGGCCCCACAUCGGACUCCUCCCCCGCAGCCCGGCAGGGAUCAGUCGCGGCGCGCGGUUCCGCAGGUGGCAGCUAUGGUCCAGUCCUGAGCGCCCCGCCAUGGCCGGCGCCCCCAGCCUGCUGCGCCUGGCGCUCCUGCUGCUCGGGGCGGUGGGCAGGGCCGGUCCCCGCCCCCAGGGCGCCACUGUGUCCCUCUCGGAGACAGUGCAGAAAUGGCGGGAGUACCGACGCCAGUGCCAGCGAUUCCUCACUGAGGCACCACCUCUGGCCACAGGCCUCUUCUGCAACCGAACCUUUGAUGACUAUGCCUGCUGGCCAGACGGGCCCCCAGGGUCCUUUGUGAAUGUCAGCUGCCCCUGGUACCUGCCCUGGGCCAGCAGUGUGCUUCAGGGCCAUGUGUACCGCUUCUGCACAGCUGAGGGUCUCUGGCUACACAAGGACAACUCCAGCCUGCCCUGGAGGGACCUGUCGGAGUGUGAAGAGUCCAAGCGAGGGGAGAGAAACUCCCCCGAGGAACAGCUACUGUCGCUGUACAUUAUCUACACUGUGGGAUACGCACUUUCCUUCUCCGCCUUGGUCAUUGCCUCAGCCAUCCUUGUUGGCUUCAGACACUUGCACUGCACCCGGAACUACAUCCACCUGAACCUGUUCGCAUCCUUCAUCCUCCGCGCGCUGUCCGUCUUCAUCAAGGACGCCGCCCUCAAGUGGAUGUACAGCACGGCUGCCCAGCAGCACCAGUGGGAUGGGCUCCUCUCUUACCAGGACUCUCUAAGCUGCCGACUGGUGUUCCUCCUCAUGCAGUACUGCGUGGCGGCCAAUUACUACUGGCUGCUGGUGGAGGGCGUGUACCUCUACACGCUGCUGGCCUUCUCUGUGUUCUCGGAGCAGUGCGUCUUCAAGCUGUACCUGAGCAUAGGCUGGGGUGUUCCUUUGCUGUUUGUCAUCCCCUGGGGCGUUGUCAAAUACCUGUAUGAGGAUGAGGGCUGCUGGACCAGAAACUCCAACAUGAACUACUGGCUCAUCAUUCGAUUGCCCAUUCUCUUUGCUAUUGGGGUCAACUUUCUCAUCUUCAUCCGGGUCAUCUGCAUUGUGGUAUCCAAACUGAAGGCUAAUCUCAUGUGCAAGACUGACAUCAAAUGCAGACUUGCCAAGUCCACCCUGACGCUCAUCCCCCUCCUGGGGACCCAUGAGGUCAUCUUUGCCUUUGUGAUGGAUGAACACGCCCGAGGAACCCUACGCUUCAUCAAACUGUUCACAGAGCUCUCCUUCACUUCCUUCCAGGGCCUGAUGGUAGCCAUCUUGUACUGCUUUGUCAACAAUGAGGUCCAGAUGGAGUUUCGGAAGAGCUGGGAGCGCUGGAGGCUGGAGCACUUGAACAUCCAGAGGGACAGUAGCAUGAAACCCCUCAAGUGUCCCACCAGCAGCGUCAGCAGCGGGGCCACUGUGGGCAGCAGCGUAUAUGCGGCCACCUGCCAGACUUCCUGCAGCUGAGCCCCAGUGCUGCGCCUUCCUGUGGUCCUUGCUGCUGGUUAGGUGCCCAUCCCAGGUGGGAGAGACUCUCCCAGGGACAGGGACGGGAAGGGACACAGGCACACACACACACAUACACACACACACCCCUUGCUUUCCCUUCUCCAAACCUCUCAGACAGGCAAGUGGACAGUGCCUCCCGGGACUGUAGACACAUGUUCUCCAAAGAGAACAGCCUGCUAAUUUAAUCACCCUGGCAGGAAGAGAGGAAGAAACGAUUGCGGCUAAAACGAGGAGGACUCCUUCCUGUUAAAGCCACAAGGCCCUUGGGGUUCCCUCGGACAGAACAGCAAAUCAGCCCCAGACUCCUACUCAAGAGCACUUGCUGGUUAGUGGGGUUGGGACUUGAGAGAGGAGCGCUCCCACAAGAGACCCACGGUCCUAACCUCAGCCAACACAGAGCUUGGCAAGGUGAACGGCUGCUGCUUUUUGUCUGCCUGGGGUUGUCACCUGCGUCAGCCUCCUCGUGAAAGAAGAGAGGCUUGCUCCAUGCUCCUGGGCUGCUGGCAUUCCCUCGUCCACCUGUUUGUCUCACCAUCCAUCUUGCCUUGGGACCGGGGGCUUUCUUAGAGCUACAACCCGCAGCUCUCUCUGCAAGUGGCUGUGAGUGAUGUUUAGGAUAAAUACCAAGGAGAUGCUCCGAGGUCACUGUUGCUGGUGCCCGCUUCUCACCCAACCUUUUAAGUCACUUUGCUCUCAGCUUCUGAUGUGCCUAGUGGUACUAGGGCAAGUCAUAUGGUGAGGAGCCCAGACCUGGGGUGUGAGGUUAAGAAGCUCAAAUGCCCUCCUCUCAGGUUCAUGUGGAGUCACUUAAGGAAUGUCCCCCUAGGAAUGUUGAUGACAUGAAUCUAGAUGAGCAAGAUAUUCAUUGCCUCCAUCCCUCCACCAUAUCUGUGACCAGAUUCCAUGUCUUGGAUGGGAAUUGGGGCACACCCUCUGAAACCAAUAGUUCCUGACAUUGUUAAGAUGGCAGGCUCCCCCGACUUUGAAAUCCUCCCACUUUAAACACAUAUAUACACUUAUAUAUGUAUGUAUAUGUAUAUAUAAAGUGUAUAUAUGCACUUUAUCCCUUCCCCUUUAUUGUGGUGGCUGUUGUGUCUAUACCGACAUACAAUUCUGAUUUCUCCCACCCGAUGGAAGAACUAAAUCAUAGCUGUUGUUAUGUUUGAUGGGUGUGGGGGAAGUGAUCGAUUUUAUCCUCCCAAGACUCCCCCACACACAUAAUGAGCAGCAGAUAGGGCAGGACGGAGGAAAAUCCGUCACUCCUACCCCCAGCCACCAUGAUAAAGUUGUCAGGGGACAGCAGAGCAGAGACUCAGACCCAAGGACGGUCUCCCUGGGGAAGGCAAUGAGUUCACAGAGGCCAUGGAAGCUUCCAGAGCUGGAAAGAAGCCUAGUAGUCCAGACCUCCUUUGAGGUUGGGGUAAGGGUGGCUUCAGACAGAGUCUCAUGUGAGGCUGAUCUCUCCUUCAUCCUGUGGAAAGUGGGGGACCCUCCCCAGUGCUUUCACUAGACACCUUCUCCUGUGCCCCUUGGAGAGGCGUGGGGCAUGUAUGGGAGAUAACAAUGGGCCAUAAAAUAUACCAAGCAGAAAAUUUCUUCUCCUUCAGCUUUGACCGAGUGUUUUGUGUCUAUGUUAAUAGGAAAGUGGAGCCUCUGGCUAGAGAAAGGCCAUGCGGCCUUGCUACCUCCUAAACCAAGACACAGGGUUCAGUGGGGGAAGUGGGCCCAGGAUCGUCCACUCCCUAAGAACCAGGGCAGGCUUCCCAUUGGGCACCUCUUUCUUGCUUUCCCUCUGGGAACAGUGGAAAGAUAAGCGUGGGAUAAACUGGGGACUUUGGAGAAUCAUUAAUUACCCGUGAGUGAAAGGAAAAGACAGAUUUAAUCUGCCUGAAAUAAGUUUUCCAGGGGAGAGAUGCUGGAAGAGUGUAGGCAGCUCAGUAGGAGCUGUUUAUGUGGGGUCCUUUCCCGCUCUGGACUCUGGAUUCCCGGCUUCUCCACACACCACAGUCCAAGAUUUUCAGUGCAGGUUUCCCUUGCCAGACUUGUGAUACUGAAGAAAUGUUUGCCUUUCCUCAAAUCCCCAUUCUAUUUAUGUUUGUUUGAAUGGCACCACACUUCCCCUGAGCUCUUUCCAAACUUGCCCAAGCUAAAUAUAGCUCCCCUAGGCCUGGGAAUUAUCCAAUGCUAUGUCCUCUGAAAUUCCACUAGCUGUUUACAUGCCUCAUGCCAUAAGUCUAAGCCUGGCAUUGCUGAGAACUCAAUGGCUGCGCCUGACCCUGUCCUGGGGCUACUAUUGCUGGCCUGUAGGGUGUGUAUGUAGUGGCUUUGAUGGAGAUAUACAGCCAGUGGGAGCAUAUGGUAGUUGUCGGUGGCUGCUGGCUUCAGCACUCUGGCCAGCUCCUGGGACCAUGGUAGGGGCCGAAGUCUCAAAGACUCUCAUAGGCUACUUUGAGAGCUUUACCUUUGAACAGCUAAAUCAUUGAGCUUCACAAAUCACUUACACUGCCUUCUCUUUCAAACGACUUUCUGGAAGGCAAGCGUGAUUACAAUUGCCCUAGCACUCGAGACGACAUUAGUGGGGUUCUGGGAUGCUUCGUAGGCAGGAAAGAUCCUGACAGUUCCUCCUGACCUUGAUCUACAGAAGUGAGGAGAGAGGCUUGCAAAAAGGUUUGCUGGGGGCCACAGCACUAGCCUGCCAAUGCGGACGGGCCUCUGGGCAGGCCAGGUGAAUGCAUGAAUGGUCAUUCAAGAUGUGCCAAGUACAAGUCCUCACGUGACCUGGGAUUUAUAUUGAGGAAAUGGAACAGCAAAGGUGAACCCACCACAUGACAAAGGUGUCGCCCCUGGCAAGAGGAAUCAGGGUGUGUUUUACAGCAUGAUCUAGUAUCUCCCUCAUUCUUGUCUUAAAAUUAAGAGAUGAGGGGGUGGAGAGAUGGGCCAGUGGUUAAGACUGUGAGCUGCUUCUGGAAAGGACCCAAGUUCCCAGCACCCACCCACAUCAGUAGGCUCAUGAUCUCUUAUAACUUCAGCUCCAGGGUAUCUGACACCCUCUUUUGACCUCCACUGGAACCUGCACACA